AUGGCAGCUAAGACAGCCCGCAGACUCCUUGCCCCUCUGAUAGUCCGCUUGCAGUACAUGUACCAUGUCUUCCAUAGAAGAGACAACCCGACCAAAGACCAGACUGACACCAGCUUGAUAUCUAACGUAACGCUGCACAUCAGCAUCACCCUCGCGACAGUGCCCUGCGCCAAGCCGUUCUUUGUCGUCUUUGAAGGCGGCGCAUUCAGGUCUCCCACCGACCCCCUGAACACGACCGGAAACUCUCCAUCUGGUCCUGCGACUGGAGGCUCAGCCCAAGUCGGCCAUGCCAGACCACGUCCGCCUCGACUUCCCUCACACCAACCCUAUGCCAUGUCAACGCCAACUCCCUCCCCACAGCCGUCACCUGCAAUGCCAAUCACCUGGAACCGCCGCCAAUCUUUCGCACCGGCUUCUCCGCCAGCCCAACAGCCCAAAGCCGUCGCCAAAUCACUCACGAUUAGAAGAAGCCCUUGGUAUUUCAAAAGCCGUCGCAUCACUUGGACCAGGCGCCAUCAAUCUCACACCACAUCCAACGCUCCAUCCUCCCCAGACGGAAGCCAUCGCUCCUCGAGAAGAUCCGCCGUCACGCGGUUCACCAGUCCGUUCUCCAGCCUGCGAACCACCGCCUCGCGACAAGCACGAUCUGAGCUCCUAGCACCGAGAGAACUGGAGCCCCGCGACCGCAGCCAGGGGUCACGACUCUCGUCACGAUCGCACUCUCGCACCCGCCGUCAAAGCGAGGUAGAUUGGUUUUCGGGUCUGCAUGGCGAAGGUGGCAAGACUCGGACCACGAUUGGGCAUGACCCGGAGCAUGCAGAGGAGGCCGCUCGUCAACGAUCGAAGGGGUCGGAUGAAGCCCGGCGGCAGCGAAAUUACCAGAUCAUGGCCCAGCAGUCGUUCAGUGUGAGGUCUGAUCCUGCGCCGACUGCUACCGCUACGCCCAUAGAUACGCCUCCGAUGGAAAGGGAAAGUCCUGUGAUUCAGAUCACGCCUUGGGCGAGUUGA